GAACAGAAACCAAGUUCCCCGGCAACAAGCAGCAUCCACCCGGCGGGAGGCCGGAGCCAGCGAGGCCCGAAAAGCUGCAGAGUGAGCCGGACGCUCCUUGUCCAGCGCGCGUCCUACUCCUCCUCCACUAACUCGGCCGCCCGUCCCCAAGUCUCGACUCGCUUUUUAGCCUUCGCAAAGCCUAGGGAGGGGGUUAGGAGCAGCCGCGCCCCCCUCUCUGCGGCUGCCUCCUCCUGCUUUUUCGGCUUUGCUCCCUGCCGCGUGCGCCAGGGCAGUGCGCCCCGGCAGGCCCCAGCCAUGUCGAUGCUGCCAUCGUUCGGCUUCACGCAGGAGCAAGUGGCGUGCGUAUGCGAGGUUUUGCAGCAAGGCGGGAACCUGGAGCGCCUGGGCAGGUUCCUGUGGUCGCUGCCCGCCUGCGACCACCUGCACAAGAACGAAAGCGUGCUCAAGGCCAAGGCCGUGGUCGCCUUCCACCGCGGCAACUUCCGCGAGCUCUACAAGAUCCUGGAGAGCCACCAGUUCUCGCCUCACAACCACCCCAAGCUGCAACAACUGUGGCUGAAGGCGCACUACGUGGAGGCCGAGAAGUUGCGCGGCCGGCCCCUGGGUGCGGUGGGCAAAUAUCGGGUGCGCCGAAAAUUCCCGUUGCCGCGCACCAUCUGGGACGGCGAAGAGACCAGCUACUGCUUCAAGGAGAAGUCGCGGGGCGUGCUGCGGGAGUGGUACGCGCAUAACCCCUACCCCUCGCCGCGUGAGAAGCGGGAGCUGGCCGAGGCCACCGGCCUCACCACCACCCAAGUCAGCAACUGGUUUAAGAACCGGAGGCAAAGAGACCGGGCCGCCGAGGCCAAGGAAAGGGAGAACACUGAAAACAAUAACUCCUCCUCCAACAAGCAGAAUCAACUCUCUCCUCUGGAAGGGGGCAAGCCGCUCAUGUCCAGCUCAGAAGAAGAAUUCUCACCUCCCCAAAGUCCAGACCAGAACUCCGUCCUUCUGCUGCAGGGCAAUAUGAGCCACGCCAGGAGCUCAAACUAUUCUCUCCCAGGUUUAACCGCCUCUCAGCCCACCCACGGCCUGCAAGCCCACCAGCAUCAGCUCCAGGACUCUCUGCUGGGCCCCCUCACCUCCAGUCUGGUGGACUUGGGGUCCUAAGGGGGAGGGAUUGGGGCCUCGAAGCAGCGACUAGGGACAUUUGUAAAUAGAAAUCAGGAACAUUUUUGCAGCUUGUUUCUGGGGUUCUUUGCGCAUAAAGGAAUGGUGGACUUUCACAAAUAUCUUUUUUAAAAUUCAAACCCAACAGCGAUCUCAAGCUUAGUGCCCUCUUCUCUCCAACUCUUUCCACUUUUGCAUUAUUUCCCCUCCCAGUGUGGAGAUCAGGGAAAAGAAAAGAAAAAAAAAACCCCAAACAAACAAAAAUAUCCAGUCACCCAGUCUUGGUUCUGGGCAACCUGUGUUCCUGCUUCAGUAGCCUUUCUUUUUUUUUUUUUUCAAUGAAUGGGAAUUACAAAUCAACUGGAUUUUAAUUAUUUCAUUUUAAUUUAUUUAUGGAAAAAUGUUUUGAGAAGAGGAAAAGGAAAUGAAAACGAGAGAAAGAGACAGAGAGAGAGAGAGGAGAUCAAAAUAGUGAAAAGAUCCUCCAGCCUGGGAGGAGCUGGUUGCAUUCUUAAGGUGAAUAGGAAAAAUACGAUCUUAUAACUUUUUUUUGAUGGGGAAAAUUAAGUUUACAUUUUCAUAUUUAGUGUUAAACAAUUUUAUGUAGAUUAAAAUGAAAGAACAGUAUUAGGGGAAAAAACAAGUGCCUAAAUGUCUUAAUGCUCUCUAUGUGAGGCAGUUAGAAAUAUAAGUGACCAUUAGUAAUACAAAUACUUCUGUCAAAUUUAGUGGGGGAUUUUGGUUGUUAUUUGUUUUCUUGGGUUUUUUUUUUUAUGGCAAACUUUAAAAAUGUACCAGUGUGAAAAAACACUUUCCUGAAUGCCAUUACUUCUCAAGCCCUUGAAGCUUUCUUAUCUGUAGCCUACUCCUGUUAAGGGUUUCUCCUGUUCCUAGUUUCUAGCUUGCAAAAAUAGGUAACAAAUCUAGCAACCUGGUAUUUGUUACUAAAACAGCAUGUGUUUUCAGGUUUCUUUUCUAUUGUACCUAAACCAGUCUAAAUUAAAACUUAGUAGAACACCAGGA